UUCUUUGAUAGUGUUGCCGAGUGUGGUUUGCUAUUGGGUUGUCUAGAAGAAUUGGCUAGCAGAUACCCAGCAACAAAGUUCGUUAAGAUUAUAUCUACUGAUUGUAUUCCGAACUACCCUGAUUGUAAUCUUCCUACCUUGCUUGUGUACCACCAUGGUGCCGUUAAAGGAACUCAUGUAGGCUUGAAGAGCUUUGGCCGUAGGUGCACCCCAGAGAGUGUAGCCUUACUUCUGUGUCAAUCAGAGCCGGUUCUUAAUGAUGGCAAAGGAGGAGACGACGACUCCUCGAGGGAAGCUGUGAUGGCUGGAGUUCGAAAACAGUUCAUAGAACGAGUGGUGAGAGACCAUGAGAAUAAGGAUAACGAUGAUGGUGGUUACAGUAGCGAUUAGAACAUCAAAGCUUCCCUAUUUACGUCUGUUGUUAUUGCUUGUUGAGUUGGUGACUAAUAAACAAAAUGUGUUGACUUCAUCUGUGUUGUAAUGCUUUUUUAAAACGUCUUGUUCUUUUAAAAGAGACAGGUACCUCAUGCUUUUUCUUAAUAUCCAUGUCCUGAUCACUUCUCGAAUUCAAGUACUGGAUGUAAGACUCUGAAUCCAUGUAAAAGCCAACAUUUGAAAUAGUCUAUCCAUUGAA